AUAUAUAUCCUUCCCAUUUCGGUUUGUCCGAAGUCCAGCUCCCUCUCUCUUCCUUGUCGCGUCGUUGAAUCUCUCCCUCUCUCGUUCGCGUCGAUCUCGAAACCCUAGGAUUCAACUCCCUCCCCCGCGGCGCAGCCGCGAGAUUGUCCUCCGAAUCACCCGCGAGGCGAUCCGUCCAUGUCGGUGCAACCCCGUCAAGGUCCCCCGAAUGUUGACCCCCAGCAGGUCAGCCCCCGGUAGUUGAGUUGCUGUUGAAAUGGUCAGCGGGAACCAUAGGGCUCGCAAUGAUAGUUGCUGUCCAGUCCUGAUUCUUUAUUCUUCGCGAUGCAAUUAGCAGCUAAUGAUAGUCAUAGGGAAGAUGCUACAGAAAAUGAACCCAUUUUGCAGCGGUCUGAUGUUGUGGAGAGAUCUGAAGGAUCUUCAUUUUCAUCCGAAAUAACAACUGUUGGAGGGGAAUUUGCUGUAGCUGUUGAUGAUUUAGAAAAUCUUGAUGUCGAUGAAACCUGUUGUUUGGUUCAUACAGACCAACCACAGUGUCGCAUAUGCCUUGAAAAUGGAGGAGAGGACUUGAUUGCUCCAUGCCAUUGCAAAGGAACCCAAAAGUAUGUCCAUAGAUCAUGUCUUGAUAAUUGGAGGGCCACUAAGGAGGGUUUUGCUUUUUCUCACUGUACAGAGUGCAGGGCAGUUUUCCUGCUUCGCGCAAAUGUUCCAGCCGAUCGCUGGUGGCUGAGAUUGAAAUUCCAAUUCCUCGUCGCUCGGGAUCAUGCGCUCAUAUUUAUAGUCGUUCAGCUGAUUGUUGCAUCCUUGGGUGUGCUGGUAUACAAGUUCUAUGGGGAGGAAUUAAGGGAAAUGUUUGGUUACGAAGAACACCCAUAUGGCUUCUACACAAUGGCUGUGUUGGCUAUUGUUUUGGUGGGUUUGCUCUAUGGCUUCUUUAUAGCGAUAAUAUGUGGACAGAGGAUCAAUGAACGCCAUUAUCAUGUUCUUGCCAAACAAGAACUGACAAAGGAAUACGUAGUGGAAGACCGUGAAAAAAUGAAGGAUGUCCCUGAACUCGAUCAUAGCCAUGUGACGGAGUUACGAAUGUUGGGCCUUUAUUAGCUCAAAGAUAAUUGUGAGUAUAUUGUUCAUGUUGAUAUGUCUAAUUUGCUCCUUUGGUCGGUUGGUUUGUACAUGUGCUUGAACUUUGGAAGCAAAAAUUGUUAUCCUCUUUGAACGCGCGACACACUGUAAGGUUCCAAAAACUUAACAGCUGUAAAAGAGAGUUGGUCACAGUACAGAUUUUCGUAAUUUGUUGAUGCUUUGGCAAAUCUGAUUAUAUAAACCGAUACAAACAUAUGGUGAUGAGAGGGCAGGAGUAAAAAAUAACUCAUUUUGUAUCGGGACUUUUUUGAACGUGGAGCUUGCGCUUGUGCUCCUCGGCCAGGAUCAUUGUAAAAAGGAAAUGUUUAUAGACUCUUUGUGCUUUUUUACACUUUCCCUUGGCUAGUGCUUCAAGCGUUUUCUUCUUUC